AUGUGGCUGUUUCUGGCGGUGGUAUGCUUAAUCCAACAGGCUGCAGAAUCAGAAUUCACCAACAAGAGACAUUUGAAUCCUCAAACAUUUAUGACUGUUAGUGAAAUUAUACAGUAUUGGGGAUACCCCAAUGAAGAGUAUGAAAUUCUUACUGAUGAUGGCUAUUACCUGAAGGCAAACAGAAUUCCUCAUGGAGCAAGCAGUCCUGCAAAAUCAGGGUCUAAACCAGUUGUGUUACUAGUGCCCGGUGUGGUGAUGGAAGGUAGGUGCUGGAUUGCAAAUCUUCCCGACAACAGUUUGGGAUUUGUUCUAGCAGAUGCUGGCUAUGAUGUCUGGAUAAUAAACAAUAGAGGAACCACAUGGUCUAGAAGACACCAGAACCUCACAGUUGAUCAAGAAGAAUUCUGGAAUUUCAGUUUCCAUGAAAUGGCGAUGUCUGAUAUUCCAGCAACCAUUAACUUUAUCCUCCAGAAGGCUCAGCAAGAAGAAUUAUAUUAUAUUGGCCAUUCUCAGGGUGCUGCAAUUGGUCUUAUUGCCUUCUCAGCCAUGCCAGAACUUGGUAGAAAAGUCAAGCUGAUGAUGUGCCUGGCUCCUGCCUACAUAUUGGAGGGCACCAGGGGACCAAUGCGACAACUUUUGUCACUUCCCGAUGGAUUAAGAAAACUUAUAUGGGGGAAAAAGGAAUUCAGCUUUUUAAGCAACAGCCAGAAGACCCUCGUUGCCAACUUGUGCAGCUUUCCAAUAUUAGACAAGAUUUGUAUCCACCUAAUUUUCCUUUGCGCAGGUUAUAAUGCAAAAAGUCUAAAUGUGAGCAAAGCAGAUGUGUAUCUUGGGGGAAGCUAUCCUGAUUUUUCUUCAAUGAAAACAAUAACCCACUGGAGUCAGAUUGCUAAAUCAAAUGAAUUUAAAUAUUUUGACUAUGGAGAUAAGAACAAAGUUGUGUACAAUAUGACCAAACCUCCAUUGUAUAAAAUAGAAGACCUGAUGGUGCCAACGGCUCUAUGGAGUGGUGGGAAUGACAUUAUUGUAGACGCCAAGGAUGUUGAACAAUUGCUCCCUCAAGUCACUAACUUAGUGUUUCACAAGAACAUUCCUGAUUGGAACCAUGCUGAUUUUCUCUGGGGACUUGAUGCUCCACAAUGUCUUUACAAGGAUGUGCUUCGUCUGAUGGAGAUGUACACAUAAGAAUCUUAAUAGCUGCACUGAGGAACUAAUCUGCAAGACAUAGCAAAGGCAUAUUUUCAUUGGAAGAACCCCACUGCCAGCCAUUUUCCUGGUGCCACAACAUACUGCUUUCCCAGUGAAGAUGUGGAAUAAGGAAAGAAGGGAUCAGAUACUUCAGAUGGUCCAGUUUUGUAAAUCCGC